UCGAAGCCCACUCUAGUCGGCCCAACUAAAGUGAAGCUGAAACCCAAAGCCCACAUAAGCUUUAAGAUAGUCAGUACGGCUGAGUCGUCGUUAAAGGUUGAUAUUGAUGUCGAGUUUGCGGAGAAGAGUAAUAUCAUGUUGGAAAUGAUCAUCUACAAUUUUUUCAACAAUUUUUCAGGUGUUAAAGAUAUGACCAUGUCAUGGAGAACUCUGCAGUUUAUAUAUGAAAUGGAUCGGAUGUGCACACUCCCCAAACUUCAUGACUUGACCCGUCUCCGCGCCACUGUGUGCUUAAACGCACCCCCUGAACUAUUGCCACUGCUUCUUGAGAGCUGCCCCAAUCUGAAACACUUUACAUUGGAAUUGUUUAUUGAUUAUCCAGUGGCAUCGAUAACUGGACACUCCACUGUGAGGUUGCCUCGUUCUUUGGUAUCGUCUCUUGAAUCUGUUGAAAUAGAAAGCCCGGUCACUAAGGAAGCUACAGAACUGUAUUUGGCUAGAUGCUUUAUGAAGAACUUGCCAACACUCAAGAAGCUCGUUCUACGUUUGAAUGAGUCUAAUGGAGCUAAACACGAGCCUUGUGUCUUGGAACAACUCGUAAAAGAUUCAAGGCGCUAUGGUUUGUCUCAAUUUAAAGUUUUUCCAACUUCGAAUCCAUUGCCUAAAUAAAAUCCCAUAGGUUCUAAGGCUGGACUUGAAGAUGAAACUAGUUGGCUCAGAGUUUAGGUUGAUUCCCACGGCUUCCCUUUUUCCUUUUUUUCUCCGUUCUGUGUGAGGUACUGUAGACUUUAUUUGGUUUUGGUUGAAUUAUUUUGAGAACCCCUAAUAGGAGACUCCCAUUGGAGCACAAAAAUAGCAGGGUCUCUUAGUGCAGUCUCCUAAUUCACUUUUACCACUAAAAAAUAUUUUUAAAAAAAAUUAAGAACC